CGACGUCCUCUUGUCCUCGGGAAUCACUAUCGAACUAAAACUCUGCGAAGAUAAGGCAAACUUAAUCAUAGGUUUGCGAACUGUAUUACAAGUAGAUACGAAGCAACUGUCCGCAGUAGAUAUUGCGCGAAACCCAUUUUCCAGAUGUUAAACCGUACUAACUUGCUAAUGUAACUCAAAUAAUUAAAGUGACGUGUACAGACCCUACUCUGAGGUUACAGAGACAACUCCUGGAUCCUAAUGCGAAUGGAAGAUAUAACACGCAGAACUGCCAAAAGGGAGACGGAGAACGAGAGAGAAUUUCAGUCGCACGUAAUAGUCCCGUCUAAGUAACUGGAGCAGCAAUAGACACUUGCCACCUAAAUCCAUUGUGGUGCUGAUACGGCAUGUUAAAAUAAAGGAAGAGAACGAAGGAGAUGAGCCACAAUAUUGCAGGCAUGCCACCCUUUGCAAGGAUGCCUUUGGGGGGUAUGGGUAUGGGUGUGAACAUGGGACCUAGUGCCCCACAUCCCGAAUCAUCUGCUCACCCCCAUCCUCCACCACCACCACCUGCCGGUGCAAAUCCUAAAAAGAAAAGACGUACAAAUGCAAAUGUUGCUCAGCCACCACCACAGCAACCUCCAACAGUGCAGGAUCUAUUACCGCCGCCUUUAACGGGAUAUGGAGAUACGAUCGUGGCGAGUAACCCUUUUGACGAUACGCCGCCGCAAACUACGCAAAGCCCGAUGAUGCACGGUGGACCACCUCACAUGCAUCCACACCAUCCUCAUCAUAUGGCUGGACCACCCAUGAGAGGCAUGAGUCCGUUAACUUCUAUAGGCGGAAUGAGUCCUAUGAUGCCCCACAACAUGGGUAGUAUGAGUCCAAUGGGGAACUCUCCCAUGACGAAUCACAUGAAUCACAUGGGAGCAAUGUCCCCUAUGAAUCACGCGCCUAUAGGCGGCAUGAGUCCCAUGAAUAACAUGGGCCCGAAUAUGCCGCCUGGCCCAAUGAACACUAUGAACAAUCAUAUGAACAUGAGUCACAUGGGUAAUUCUCAACUUAGCGGCCCGCCAAUGGGCAGUCCAAUGAAUAACAUGAACAGUGGUCCCAUGGGCAGUCCCAUGAAUAACAUGGGACAUAGUAUGGGAAGCCCUAUGGGCGGACCAUUGGGAUCUCCUAUGAAUACAAUGGGAGGGUCCAAUCAUAUGCCUAAUGGACCAAUGAAUAUGAAUAAUAUUAAUAGCCACAUACCACCUAAUAGUCCGUUAAACGGACCGUCUAUGAACAGUGUAAACAGUCCAUUGGGGCACAAUGGGUCUCAACCGCAUCCGAAUCACAUGGGGAAUAAUUUAAAUAAUUUAGGUAGGCCCAUGAACGGACCUAUGACUACUAUGAGUUCCAUGGUAUCAAAUAAUAUGAAUAUGAGUGGUCCAAAUCAGAUAAGUAAUAUGAACAUGGGCGGACCGCCGAUGAACAAUAUGUCUAAUAUGAGUAUCAACCAUCAUAAUCAAAUGACCCACAUGGGUGGUCCUAUGGGUUCAAUGUCCAGCAAUAUGGGUGGUGGCCCACCCAUGGGUCAUCCCAUCAAUCUGGGGGGUUCGAUGCCACCUCACGGUUUUCAAGGCCCACCGGGAAUGGGACCAAAACCAAUGCCAGUUUCUGCGGGAAAGAUAUAUCCCCCGGAUCAACCGAUGGUAUUUAAUCCACAAAAUCCUAACGCACCGCCCAUUUAUCCGUGCGGAGUUUGUCACAAAGAAGUGCACGAUAACGAUCAAGCGAUUCUUUGUGAGUCUGGUUGUAAUUUUUGGUUUCACAGGGGAUGCACAGGAUUAUCGGAAACCGCUUAUCAAUUACUAACGGCAGAAGUUUACGCGGAAUGGGUGUGUGAUAAGUGCUUGCAGUCGAAAAACAUACCUUUGGUUAAAUUUAAACCAUAACACUUCUUGACACGUCGUAUAUGCGACGCACGAGUGACUCUUUGUUAGCGUUUACACCUUGUACACGCACAUAUGCGCGUGCGAUUGCACACACGUAUUCACGUACGGCAUACACUAAUGCACGGGCGAAAUCGUGCAUAUAAUAUAAACAUGCGCUGUUUGUUAAUAUCUUAGCUUUAACUUGUUGAAAUAUUAGGGUAUCAUUAUAAGCCGUAUCGAUGAAUGAGAUGGUAGGAGCAACAUAUGUUCGAAAGUUAAAUUAAAUUUUUGAGUCUGUUCAUGGCAAGUGGAUUCGUCCGUUUGAACAUUUAUUUAUGACUUGAACUUGAGAGUUUUUUAAAUCGCCGGUUUGUUUUCUGUUGCCAUUAUAACGUCAAACAUAUUAAAAAAUAAGUCCAGGAGGCAUACGCGUUUUUUAAAGAAAAUUGAAAAUUAAAA